AUGGCAGAUCAAAUUGAAGAUAAUCAAUUGAAUGAAUAUAUUGAAACAUUAAAACAAGCAUUUAGCUCUGGGUCCAUUAAAAAGACUAAAGAAGUUUCACUAGAGGAAGAGACAGACUGGGAUGAUAACUGGAAUGAUAACUGGGAUGACGAAGAAGAAAAUGAAAAUGACAAGAAUGAAACUUCAAAUAAAUUAACCACCACUCAAUUAAUACAAGACAUAAUGCCAUUGUUUAAUGAAUAUGAUUCAUCACUCAAAAUAUAUCUAAUAACCUCCAUCAAAGCAUUAUCAAUUGUUGAGUAUCCAUCACUUGCUAAUUCAUUUAUCAUGUAUAACGAUUUUCAAUAUUUAUCACAGAAACUAAAAGAUGAAUCAAUGCUAACUUUUGUUGAAUCAUUAUGGAAACAAGUACUCAAGAAAUUUUAUGAAGAACUUAAAAUACUAAUAGCGUCCUUGAAUUUAAAUACUGUACACACUCCAAAUUCAGAAGAAGGUAUCCUUGAUGAUUAUAACUUGAAUCAACUAUCGUUAAUAUAUAAAUGGUUUAAUAUUUUAUUUGAGGAGAAACAAUUCAAGUCAACAAAUCCUGUAAAGUUCAAAGAGUUAGUGGUGAAUUUAGUUGAAUAUUUAAAUAACUACCUCAUUCGAAAAGUGGUAAAUUUGAUUGACAUAUCAGAAUUUCAAAGUGAACAAAUUGGCUUAAUUAUAGAUAACUUGAAUAAUGUCACUAUACCAUAUAUUUUACAACUCGAACUUAAGAAGGAUGAAAUUGAAUCAUUUAAUAAAUUGAAAAAUGUCAAAUUUUUAAUUAAUAAUCAUUUAAAAGAUAUAAUGGAUAGAUUUUAUCAAGGUGAAUUAUACGAUAUAGAUACAAAUGAACUCGUUAAAUUAUUGAGGAACACAUUUAUUCAAAGUGAAUUAAGAGAUAAUUACAUAAAUGAAAUUAUUGAAUUUAGAAAUAUGAAUUGA